AUGGGCCCCUGCUGCAGAUGGACGCUUCCCAGUGUGGCCAAGCUGAGGGUCGUUCUCACCGUUGUGGUCAUGUUUCUGGGACAAGAUUCUGUCCCCAAAGCAGGGGGCGCCAGCAGCCAUGAUUCCGGCGUUGCUCGAGCAUGCGGCGUCGGUGCGUCUUCAGGACAUCAG